GGUGUAUAUUCUGCUAAGUGACGGGGGCUGACUUGCUAGAAAUUCGUUCGGACUGAAUCUCCGAGAAAUCCGCUGCCAUGAGUAUCUUGGCUUACAAUGGAGGAAUUGUCAUCGCCAUGAAAGGUGACGGCUGUGUGGCGAUCGCGACCGACCGUCGGCUCGGAGUAGAGGGUCGUACGGUCUCAAUCGAUUUCGAGCGGGUUUUCGAGAUGGGACCGAGACUUUUCGUCGGGCUCCCUGGUUUGGCAACCGAUACCAUCACCGUAAGUCAGAAACUCAGGUUCGACAUGAACCUCUAUGAGCUCCAAGAGAAUCGUCAGAUGACCCCCAAGACCUUCGCUACGCUGUUGAGUGGAACGCUAUACGAAAAAAGAUUCGGGCCGUAUUUCAUCGAACCUGUCGUGGCUGGGAUGGAUCCCAAGACAAAUGAGCCUUAUGUGGCGUGCAUGGACCUGAUCGGCAGCACGACAGAGACCGUCGACUUCGUUGUAUCAGGUACUGCCGAGGAGGAGGCGUACGGCAUGUGCGAAACUCUGUGGCGGCCCGGAAUGAAACCCGACGAGUUGUUCGAGUGCAUUUCGCAGUGUGUACUCAAUGCUAUGGAUCGCGACGCGAUCAGCGGAUGGGGUGUCAAAGUUCAUGUCAUGGAGAAAGACAAAGUAACCACUCGGUAUCUGAAAACUCGGAUGGAUUAAGUCGGUUCGGAAUCUUAUCAUCAGGAUCGCUGGCACAUUAAAUUUCUUUUGAAAAA